AUGUCAAACUGCAAACCUGUCCAACAAAAUGCCAAAUGCAUGCGAGUGUCAUGGUGUUAUGCAUUUUAUGAUGUCAGAUAAACUAGGCUGUAGGAAUAAAGGAAUCAGAGGUAGUACAUCAGGCUUACCUAAAACAAUGUUUGGUGCUUCAACAAAUAAAAUGCCUCGUUAUCAGUUUAAUAACAAUGACACUACAGCACCCAAAAGGUCUUGCAUGGGUCCUCCUUUGGAGCUACCAAGAAAUCCUAAGAGAAGAAUAAUAUCAUCAUCAAGCUCAAACAAAGUGGAGUCUUCAUGGAGCGGACCUGGGACCCGACCUAAAGUGUUAGCGAGCGAUUCCGCUGUGGAAAACUCACAUGAGUUUAACACGCCAAAGAAUAGACCUAAUGUAUUACGGUACAUUAGCAGCAGCAGUCGAGGUGGCCACAGUGGCCGGUCUGGACGUUCCACUAGUACGAGUGCUGUUGAAGCUAGUGUAAUUUUAGCUAUCGCUGAAGGAAGAGGCAUGGCGAGAGGUGAAAUAGGUAUGGCAGCAGUAGACUUAAAACACCCAAAACUCGUCCUAUGCCAGUUUAGCGAUACGCUGCUUUACACGCACGCUCUCACAAAGAUCAAUUAUUUUAACCCUGUUGAGAUUAUAGUUCCUCAUACUUUCUGCGAAGGCACGGUUCCAAGUCAAUUAUAUCAGCUAAUAAGAGAUCAAUAUCCUCUUAUAAAUUUGACUACAGUCCAAAGGAGACAUUUCAGCGAUGCAGCUGGAAAGCAGCAAAUUCAAACAUUAUGUGCACCACAAUAUAGCGCAGUAUACUUACAAGUUCUUCCGAAGUUUUAUGCCGUCACCGCCGCAGCUGCAGUUUUGAAAUAUGUUGAAUAUAUUCAGUGCGUGGUUUUUGCAAGAGAGUCACUGAAGAUUGAGUAUCACUCUUCUGAAAAUACUAUGAUUAUAGAUGUUGGUACAGCUACGCAGUUAGAACUCGUACAGCCACUGGUUCCAUCAGCAGGUCCAAGUUGUAGUCUUUUAGGGGUUUUGGGGCCAACUUACACAAUUGGUGGCCUAAGGACUCUAAGGGCUGCUAUUCUUCAACCUUCAUGUAACAAAGACGAAAUUGAAAAUAGAUUGGAUGCCGUACAAGAUAUUAUAGAAAAUGACUUGGGAUUGAUGGCAGAUUUGCAGGAUGUGAUAAAGAAAUUAUCAGAUGUUGACAAAAUUCUCUUUCUUUGCGUGGAAACACCGAAUCAGAACAAUGAUAAGUUCGGUGAGGCCCAAUUAAACCAAACAAUACUACUUAAAACGACAAUUGAUAUUGUGCCGAAAUUGGUAGAAGCUCUUACUAAUGCUACAAGUGGGAGAUUAAGAAAAAUCAAAAUGGAAUUUGAGAAUCCUCAGUAUAAAGAAAUCGCCGACCGAAUACAUACUAUCAUUCAAGAAGAUGCACAUGUAGAAAAGGGUGCAAUGGGAUAUAUGCAAAGGUGUUUCGCCGUGAAACCAGAAAUAAAUGGCUUACUCGAUGUAGCACGCAGAACCUAUUCAGAACUAAUAGAUGACAUACAAAAGAUGGUUGAGAAUUUAAGCGAAAGCUACGAUUUACCACUGAGAUUGAAUCAAAAUGUAAUGAAAGGCUUUCAUAUUGUAUUGCCGAUUGGACCUAAAAACAGAAGAAAUUUCUGUGAAGAAGAUUUGCCACCAAUAUUUAUACAGGUUUAUAAUAGUGGAACAAGUGUAUCAAUGACUACCGAAGAUCUUGUAGUUUUGGAUCAACAAGCUAAAGAGGCUCUCAAUGAAAUACAAAGAAUGAGUAAAAUAGUAAUUUCCAGCUUAUUACAGGAAUUAAGACCUUUCAUGGCAAGUUUAUACAAACUUUGUGAAAACGUUUCCGAACUGGACAUAUUGUUAGCAUUAGCUCAAGCUAGCACAGUAGGGUCGUACGUGAGGCCACAUUUCGACAACUACAUGGUUGUAAGAAACAGUGUUCAUCCACUGCUGGAUUACAACAGUCAAGUGCUACCAGUGCCAAAUGAUAUCUUUGCAAGCCCAGAACACAAUUUUACUAUAAUCACAGGGCCGAAUAUGGGAGGCAAAAGCAUUUUUAUAAAACAAAUUGCUAUUAUACAAGUAAUGGCGCAGUUGGGAUGUUUCUUGCCGACCACCAACGCCAUCAUUCGAAUAAGCGAUCGGAUAUUCUCUAGGAUCGGUUUCAAUGACAGUGUUGAGCUCAAUGCUUCAACUUAUGUACUAGAAAUGAAAGAAGUUCAACAUAUUUUGAAAGGAUUAACAAGGCAAAGUUUAGUUAUAAUAGAUGAACUUUGCAGGGGAACAUCAAGUGAAGAAGGAACGAGUAUGGCUUGGGCCAUUUGUGAAGAAUUACUUAAGAGCGACGCGUUCACUUUUUUUACAACUCAUUUCAUGUAUUUGACUAGAUUGCAGGAUUUAUAUUUCAACGUGGUAAAUUACCAUACUGCAAUAAAAGAAGAAGAAAUAACAAACGGCGAAGUCGUACAGAAACGUUUAAUUUACGAACACAGAAUAGUUCCUGGAAUUACUAAAGUUGAACAUUAUGGACUAUCUUUAGCAUCCAAAACUAACUUAGCGGAAGAAACAGUUAACUUAGCAGAGGAAUUGGCAGAAAUAAUUAUCAAAACUAGAAAAUCUCAAGAUUUUAAUUUUUCACGUGAAAGUGACGAUUACCUGCUUUAUGAAUUAAAUGCAAAAUUUCAAGGAGAACGUCGAAUUCAUAACAAUGAACUUAACUCUGCAAAGAUUUUACAAGACUUUAAAAAUGAUAAUCCAAGUGUUAUUGCAAGACUCAAAAAUCAAGAAAAUAAGCCUAAAGAUGUUAACACUUCGAAUAUAAUUUCUAAUAGUAGUAGAGAAAAUUAUGGUUUUAACGUAAGAUUAAGAAUGGAAGAACUUCAAACUGCAGCAAACUCUCUGAAUCAAUUUUCAUUAAACAAUAAUGAGAAAUAUUUAACGGACUGCAAUAGUGUCGAUACUGAAGAUGUAAAUAUCAGUUUUGCGCAACAUCACUUGAAUACAGUAAAAUGCUCGAAUGAAUUGCUUACUUGUAUGCUUUAUAAAAAUAAAAUAGUAAAUAACGUCGAAGAUACGGAAUUAAACGAUUCAAGGGAUAAAGAAAACGAUGCUUUUGAUUUUAAUAGUGUACUGCCCGUAAUUGAAAUUAAUACAACAGCUGCUGAAAAUCUUACCGAAACCAAUGUUCCUAAAAAUUCUAAUACAUGCGAAGUAUCAAAAAUUAUUUCGGUUAUUGAAAAUGUAUCAAAUAAUGAAACUAAUGCAGAUACUGAGACCAUAAGUAGCGAUUCAGACAUAGCAGAAGCUCUUACUCAAAUUAUAGAGGAUUUCUCUACUGAAUUAAUCGAAACUGAUGACGAAGGUUUAAUAAGAGAGACGGUUGAUGAAAUUGAUAAAGACAUUGAAAAUGGAAGAGGAAAUAUUGAGAAUAUUAUCUUAACUCCACCCUUACAGUUUCAAGAUUAG